UUCCGUAAACACGGCUUUCUCUUCCUCUGUGGGAAAGGAGCUGCUGCGGUUCACGUGCGCGUGUUGUUUCGGAGCUGGACGGUCACACAGUCCGUGCCCAGAGGCUUUAUGAUGCCCCGGCCACGGCGGACAGUUAACUCACACGGUACACUGUGGCUUAGGUUACCGGCCCUCUGUCCCUCCGCUGGUAUUUAGUCCCGUUAGCUCUCUAAAGCGACGUUAGCUACCUAGCUAGGUUCGCUAGCUAGCUAGUAAAGAGCGGAGCGGAGCGACAGAGCGCCCUAAAGCAGAGUGUUGAGACAGACAGGCUUCCCCAAGCUGACUGCGUGUCAGCUGGCGGAGGCGUCGCAGUGAGACAUGGAGAUAGAAGGCCGAGAUUUCCUCAACACUCCUCCUAUGAAGACGGUCCGCUUUGGAGGCACCGUCGCGGAAACGUUAGCCAAAUAUAAACAGGGAGACACACGUGACUAUGACCUGCUGAAGUAUCAGCUGGCUGACCCUGAGAUAAAGGAUGCUCAAAUCAUCAACUGGCUACAGGAAUUUCGGAAUUGUGUGACUCAGCUCAGCAAAGACCAUGAAGAGCUGAUUUACACAAUCUUGAGGGUUCCUUGGGUGGGCCGCAGCCUGGCAGUGGUGGAGGAGUACCUGGCCUUUCUCGGUAACCUGGUCUCUGCCCAGACAGUCUACCUCUGUGCCUGCCUCAGGAUGGUGGUGUCCCACUUCAUCCCUAAGAGAGUGAGGAUCUGUGAAGGAGGAGUGGAUAUCUCUGAUUCGGAUGAUGACGAUGAGAAUCUCCCCAGGAACUUUGACCGGUGUCACCAGGCUUUGCAGGUCAUCGCCAGAUACGUCCCAUCCACCAGUCGCUUUCUGAUGCCCAUCCUGCACGAGAAAUUCCCUUUUGUACAGAAAUCGUCCAGAACCCUGGAGUGUUACGUUCACAACCUCCUGCGGGUGACUGUGUACAUUCCCUCUAUUCGACGAGAAGUGCUGGAGGUCAUCAUCGGAAAGAUGCUCAAGCUGGAUGUGAGUGCAUCACGUUCAGAGAUCGAGGAGGUGGAGGAGAAUGCCAUGCAGAACCAGACAGAAGAGUCUGCUGAGGAGGGGCUCUUUGACAUGGAUGAGGAUGUUUCAGCAGAUAAAAGCUGCAGGACUGGAGUGAUGACUCACCCGGUGGCUGAGAGGCUGGACACUCUCAUGGCUGUAGUGAUGGCCUACAUCAGAGACAUCUGCCACGUCAAUGGUUGUCUGGAUGUGGAAAGGACUAAGGAGCUGUACAGAGACCUGUUGAGUGUGUUUGACAAGCUCAUCCUCCCCACACAUGCUUCCAGUCAUGUUCAGUACACAGUGUUUUACCUUUGCAGCUUCAGACAGGCACUAGCAGAGGCCUUUCUGGAUCACCUGUGGAAGAUCCUGCAGAGCCCCUCUCAGCCUGCUGUUCUUCGCCAGGCUGCUGCCGGAUACAUGGGAAGCUUCUUGGCACGAGCCAAGUUCAUACCUGUGGCUACAGUGCGAGCCUGCCUGGACCUGCUGCUCCCCUGGAUCCACCACUACAUCGACAGCCAGGACAGCAGCGGCAGACAGGCCUGCUGUGAUGUCAACCUGCACGGGCCUUUCUACACCGCCUGCCAGUCUGUCUUCUACAUAAUCAUCUUCAAACACAAGGCCAUCCUGGAGGGCAACAUGAAGAAAGGUCUGGCAUACCUGCAGAGUCUGAACCUAGAGCGAGUGGUGAUGUGCCAGCUUAACCCCCUCAAAGUGUGCCUGUCCUCGGUCACCAGCGUGUUUGCUGCCAUCACCAGGAAGUACCAGGUGGUGUUCUGUUAUACAAUCAUAGAGAGAAAUAGCCGCAAUACGUUGCCGGUGGUUCACAGUUCUACAGGGGGAGACCGUGUUACCACCAACACCAACCCGCUGGACAGCUUCUUCCCCUUUGACCCCUACCUGCUCAAGAGGUCUGGUCAGUUGAUCGAGCCUCUCUACCAGGUGUGGGAGGAGCCAGCAGACACAGAGCUUCACAGCACCAAGACGGGCCAACAGGGUGUGGAGGAGGAUGAGGAUGACUUCCUGUGUGGGGAAACGCCGCAGGCAGAGGGGGUUGUGGGAAUGACGCCUGGCUCUUACGACUCUAAUCUGCGCAGCCCGAGCAGCGUGGGCUCACCGCCCGUCGCCUUUCAGAGACCUUUCUAAUCCCUGAUCACAGACUGUCCCAACCACCACAUACAGCAGUAUCCUCAACAUGGACACCAAAGCAUCUGAGAACCAGACAUCCUUUGUGACAAAAACACUUUUGAUGAUCACAUAAUCAUGGUGGGACCUUCAAUGCGCUCAGAGCAGUCAGCUGUGUGUACGACACCCAGCUCCAACCUGCAGUGUGACAAGGGCUGCCUUUAAUACGGACAGUAAUGUGACUGUUGGCCACCAAAGACAGUAGGCUUAUUAAGUGGAAAAGUCAAGGCUUAUAAAGUGAUGCCUCCCCUUGUAAUCCAGGUUAUGUGUGAUGUGUGUGAGGGUUCAAAGAGAAAUUGCCAGAAACUGAAACAAAUGUUAUGGUGUAUCAGGUUGUGACAUUUCUCUAAAAAAUGCUCAUGCAGUUACACUCAAAAGAGCAUUCUAAUAAUCAAUCUGUUGUCUCCAUGAUUCCUGCCUUCCCCUUGGUUAACACAGUACAGUCACUCAGUCACUUUUCUGUGGGCAUGUGAACAUGGCCAUUGUAAAAGUGUGACUGAGGACCUCUUCUUAUUAUAAUUAUUAUCAUUCUUAUUAUGUUCCUAAAAAACAACUUUGAAUGACUCAGAUUUAUUAUUCUCUUUUCUUGGCCGGGAGAAAAUGUCCAACCUGACUUUCAGCCUCUAAAUCUGACCUUGAACUUGUCAGACGUUGUGAUUGGUAAAACAGUGUUUUUAUGAGUCAAAUAUAAGUGGUUAUUUAUGAAACUUCAGGGAACUCAGUGGUUGUUACAAUGGGGAAAAUCAGAUGAAAUGAGAUCUUCUUUCUUCCUUUAGUUAUGUCAUUUUAGAUGUUUGGAUGGAGUUUCAAGGUCAAGUGUGCAAAAGAGAAAAUGGCUCCAUGGCAGUAGCACUCAGGCUCAGAGCUGCAUUUUAAAGUUGUCUUGUUUCACAGGCAUAGGCCUCGUUUGAAUUCAUCUUGGUUUAUAUACUUUAUUUAUAUUCUUUAUUUCUAAAGAGAACUUCAUUUGAAAAUCUCAAGGUGAACUCCUUUUAUUAUAUUCUGUUAAAA